AACUCCGAUUUCCUGCUCUACAAGCCAAGAACACAAUAAAGAUUACUCAAGAAAUCUCACCACCGCCUCGAUCUUCUCCUCCGCCACUACAACCACCGGUUCGUUCGUAUAUAGAGAUUUGAAAGCAUCAACAAUGUCUACAUCAUAUCUUCCUGCAACCGCUGAUUCGAUUGCUGAAGCUUCGGAAGCGAAAACCCCAUCCGAAUCCAUUUCUAUCUAUUACCGCAUACUAGAGAAUCCUUCAUCUUCGGCUGAAUCCCUAAGGAUCAAAGAACAGGUUAUAACGAAUCUCUCGGAUCUUCUCAGACAGGAGAAUCGUGGGGAGGAGCUUCGAAGCCUUUUGACUCAAUUAAGGCCGUUUUUUGCCUUGAUUCCAAAGGCAAAAACUGCUAAAAUUGUUCGCGGGAUAAUUGACGCAGUAGCUAAAAUACCGGGCACAUCUGAUCUCCAGAUCUCGCUUUGUAAAGAAAUGGUUAAGUGGACUCGUGAUGAGAAGCGGACGUUUCUUCGGCAGAGAGUUGAAGCGAGGCUCGCAGCGCUUUUGAUGGAAAGCAAGCAGUACUCGGAGGCUUUAAGUCUGCUUUCUGGGCUAAUCAAGGAGGUGAGGCGAUUGGACGAUAAGCUUCUUCUUGUGGACAUAGACUUACUGGAGAGCAAGCUUCACUUUUCUCUUAGAAACCUUCCCAAAGCCAAGGCGGCACUCACUGCUGCAAGAACAGCAGCCAAUGCAAUUUAUGUCCCUCCAGCUCAACAGGGUACUAUAGAUUUACAGAGUGGGAUCCUUCAUGCCGAAGAGAAGGAUUACAAGACUGCAUACAGUUACUUCUUUGAAGCAUUUGAAGCUUUCAAUGCUCUCGAAGAUUCCCGAGCAGUAUUUAGCCUGAAAUAUAUGCUGUUGUGCAAAAUCAUGGUAAACCAAGCUGAUGAUGUUGCAGGGGUAAUCUCAUCCAAGGCCGGGUUACAAUACGUAGGACCAGAGCUUGAUGCUAUGAAAGCUGUUGCAGAUGCUCAUUCAAAACGUUCUCUAAAGCUCUUUGAGACUGCACUCCGUGAUUACAAGGCUCAACUAGAGGAAGACCCAAUUGUUCAUCGACACUUGUCUUCCCUGUAUGACACAUUGUUGGAGCAAAAUCUUUGCAGAUUGAUCGAGCCUUUCUCAAGAGUUGAAAUCGUGCAUAUAGCUGAGCUAAUUGAACUGCCGGUAGAUCAUGUGGAGAAGAAAUUGUCGCAGAUGAUCCUUGAUAAGAAGUUUGCAGGGACGUUGGACCAGGGCGCUGGAUGCCUUGUCAUUUUCGAUGAUCCUAAGACCGAUGCAAUCUACCCAGCGACACUGGAGACAAUUUCCAAUAUCGGUAAGGUAGUUGAUAGCCUGUAUGUCAGAUCAGCUAAGAUAAUGGCUUAAAAGGGGUAUUGUUCUUGUUUAAGCUGAAUGUGUUAAUUUUUUGGCUAUUUGUCUUUAGACUUUUUACAGACCCACCAGCGGCUGCUUAUGUUUUGAGAAAUACACUUGUGUUUAUCCUUUGUUUGUUAGGUUAUGUUUAUUUAUGUUCAUUUACAUAUUGAUGGUUUUGUGUCGGAUUCCAUGCAUCCGAUUCAUUCCCUAUGAAAGCUGUGAACAUAAUCUUUUGGUUGAUCAGAUAGAGAGUGAGGUUCUGUUC